GCACGUUUGCUUUGCUCGUACGAUUCGUACAACAUUCAUUUCCUUAUAUAGCAAAACGGAUCACCGGUGAGAGAAACUGCAUUAUCAUGAGCACGAUAAUUACCCAGGAAGCCUAUGACGAAGAGAUUAGGGAAUUAAUAGAAAGCCUCGGCUUGACUGAAGAAGAGGCGAUCGAGGAUGCUAUUAAGUGCUACGAAAUGAAAGGGAUAGAUCUGGGCAACAUCGUCACAGAUUCAGUUCUCGAGGAUAAAUACAAGCAGAUAGUGACGUGCUUGGAACGACUAACGUGCAUUGUAAACGACAAGAAUUACGAAGGUGUGCUGGAGACGUUGCAAAAACUGCGAAACGAAUUGGAUAAGGAUAUCGCACACAGAGUUUUUGCAGGCAAACGCAAAUGUUACAAUAUUCUGAUCGCUCUCCUGAAAGAUUGCAAGAAGAACCAUAUGAUACUUAAAUCUACGCUGGAAACAAUCACCUCAUUAAUGUCCGGUUAUCCAGACUUGCUAGAUGACGAAGGGAUUGCGUUGCAAAUAGAUAUUUUAGAGGGACAUUGUGAUACGACAACGUUACAAUAUCUAUUGCGUUGGAUACGAGAAUGCUGUAUAAAGCAUGAGUUGAAUAGGCAAAAGAUAUUUGACACCAAUAUUUUUGAAAAAUUAAAGAAGAUAUUGGUACGUGCAGACGUAAAUGCGCAAGAGAUUAAAGAUGCAUGUUCGGUAAUCAGAGCGUUGGUACUGGACGAUGAUAUUAGGCAUGAAUACGGAAAAGCACACGAACAUGCGACUAUCAUGGCAAAGGGUGCUCUCGAUAUCAUCACGGGAUUAUUGAAAAGAUUUAAAAAGGAUACAAAAGUCAUAGGCGAUCUAAUGAUCACAUUGGCCGCAUUAGUUGUUCGAAAUGAAUUCUGUCAGGAAGUAGAAGAUGCCGGAGGAUUGAAAUUCAUUUUAGAUAUAAUGACUGAAUAUCCAGAUUCUGAAAAAUUAAAUUGGCAGGCUUUGAAGUUGCUCAAAGCGCUUGCUGGCAACGAUAACGUCAAGUCUCAUAUUGUUACUUCCGGAUGCGCUCCUUUAAUUGUAUCCGCUAUCAGUAGAAUGAAAAGAUCAGAGAAUGUCGUGACUGCUGGACUGAGUUGCAUAUCGGCGUUAUCUUUACGAAGUACUUCGAAUUCUGGUGUGUUCUAUGAUUGCGGCGCAGCCCAAGUAAUCGUAGAUACUAUGAAGGCUUAUCCUAAUAAUGUAAACAUCUUAAAGCAAGCCUCUUGGGCGAUUAGAAACAUGUCAGUGCGAAAUAAAUCCGAAUCUAAGGAAUUCUUAAUGUAUGGUGUUGAGGAAAUACUACAAGAAGCAGUAUGUUUACAUGGUCCUAAAUUAGAGGAUAACGUAAAAGCCGCAUUGAGAGAUCUGGGUCUGAAGGUAGAUUUAAAAGAAAGAUGGACAGGAAAAGGCAUCAAUCUGAACAAUGAACGUUAUUAAUCAUUGGCAGCAACAUCGUCAGAGUAUAGUAUCUAGAUUAUUUACUAUAAAUACAUUGAUCGAGUUUGGAUCUUGUACCUUGCUUUGACUCACCUCGCAAUGCUACAUAUUAAUUAAUAAGAA